UGAUUACACUGGUUUUAUUAGAGCACCCUUCUAAAGUAUGCAACACAAGUUGGACCAUUGUGUCUCAUUGUCAAGUUUACCUUUCUUGACCUUUCCAGAAUUCCUUGAGUGUAUGGGAUCCGAAGGAACAGAAAUGGGGAAGAAAGCAGAAACGAGAAGCGAAGGAGAUGGCACUGACCCACAGGCAUCGCCCAACCAGCGGCCAAACACAUGCUGCUUCUGCUGGUGCUGCUGUUGCAGUUGCCCCUGUCUCUCUGCUAGGAAAGAAGAGCGAGAGGAGACAGCAGGAAGACCCACUGAAGAAACGAAGAUGGAGACCACUGUGGAGACCAUUGAAUCUAAUGAAGAGAGGUCAGGCGAAUGGGUUGAGUUGUUUUUAUUUAAAGUGUCUGUCCUUUGCCUGAGAGCAACCUUCAGAAACUCAACUGAACUGAACAAGCAGUCUCGAUUACUGCCUGCCCACCGUUUUUUAAUUGCCCAUUACUUUUGUGUUCUCAAUUUAAAUUGUGAACAGUGUAGAGAAUUGCCUAGAAUUUCAAGAGGUCAUAGAUAGGUUGGUGGUAUGGGCAGACAAGUAGCAAGAGAAAUGCAGUGCAGAGAAGUGUGAAUUAUCUUAUUUUUGCAGAAAAACAAUGAAAAAUAAAGGGUAUCUUUAAAACGAGUGCAAGAGCCCAGGGUCUUGGGUCCAUAUAUGCAUAAGUCAUUAAAGAUUUCAGGACAGGUGGUUAACAAAGCAUAUGGCAUCCCGGGGUUUAAUGUAGAGGAGUAGAGUACAAGACCAAGGAGAUAAUACUGAAUUUGUAUCAGGCAGUGUUUAGAUCUCAGCUGGAAUGCUGUGUACGGUCCUACUGCUGCAUUUCCGGGACAAUUCUGAAGAAUGGUUCCACUGAUGAGGAAUUUUCCUCAGAGAUAAGAAAGUUGUGAGGAUACUUGGUGGAGGUGUUCAAAAUCAUGAGGAUUCUCGCCAAGAGAAGGUGGAGAGAAACUGUUCCCACGGAUCGAUCAAGAAUGAGAGGACACAGAUUUAAAGUAAUUGGCAAAGGAAGCAAUGGAGACAUGAGGAGAAGUCUUUCCACUCAGCAUGUGGUUAAGAUCUGGCAUGCACUGCUUGAGUGUGUGGUUUGGAGCUAUUCAAUUGAGGCAUUCACAAGGUAGUUAGAAUAUUAUCCGGGAAAGAAAUACUGUGCAGGGUAGCGUGGAGAAGGUGGGUGAAUGGCCCUUGAUGAAUUGUUUAUUCAGGGGGUGGUGCAAACAUGAUUGGCUGAACGGCCUCCUUCUGUACUGUGACAAUUCUGUGAUUCUGUAAUGAGUGACUUGUUUAAA